AUGACUUUCAAAGAAAGAUAUGACAUAUUUGGCGGUGUAACUGUCUCAUCUUCUGACCUUGAAGUAGACGAAAGGCGAGCAGAUGUGUUUUCUUCAAUCAUUUCGGAAUCACUGAAUAACUGGAGGAAAGGAAAUGUCCAGGGUGUAUGGAUUAGGAUCGAAAUAAAGGAUUCUCACAUUAUUCCAGUGUUGGUGGAAAAAGGUUUCGAAUUCCAUCAUACACAGCCGAAUUACUUGGUCAUGACAAAAUGGUUGCCUGAUACUCCAUCGACGUUGCCACGGUGGGAAUAUUUGAGAGUACGCCCAUACAGUCAUUGGAGUUGGUGGACUCGUGAUAGAUUCGGAAAAUCGUGUUCUGUUGAUGAAGGAAAGACGUGUUAUCUCGGGUGGAAGUUUCCUGGUGGAACAUCAGACCCAGGAGAGAGCAUUUUCGACACUGCUGCUCGUGAAGUCUUUGAAGAAACUGGGGUACGGGCUGCUGGAAAAGCGAUACUAUGUUUUAGGUAUUGUUCUUUUCCUCAACCGAAGCAAGUUAAUGUUUCUCAGUAUGAAAACGUUGGUGACAUCUAUUUUAUGUGCUUAAUGGACUUCAUCGGCGGCGAGAUAAAAGCGUGUCCAAAGGAGACAGCUGAUUGCAAGUGGUUCACAAGGUAG